ACAGGGUAAGCCGUUAUUGCUGAGUUAGCUGUGCUAUUCCAUUCACACGUCUGCGCAAAAGCGAAUCAGUACGCGAUUUUGGGAAGAAUUUUCCUUCGUUCAUACCAUCAUAGCAACCCGUUGGUAGCUGUUGUUUGGCUGAAAGCAGCAGCAAUAGAACAUGGCGUUUGCUGGCAAUAUACAAACAUUUCGCAAAAAUUGUGCCUCUCAAUAUUUUCCUUUCCAAAUUAGUGCUAAACAAACGCCCGAAGAGUUUGACGAGAAUGCGGAACAAUUUUCUACGGAGUACGAUAACAGCUUUGUGCCGUUUAGUAACUACUCCAAACCAGUACUGCGCCGUGAGCAGCUCAGAGAAGUGUACAAGGAAAAGUUGGCACUAACCUUAAUGAAAAAUGUGAACGAACAGUUGGAAACCAUUCACCGCCAGGAAGUGGAACGGAAACAGCUAAGAAAGCGGAAGAAUUACUAUAUGGCAAAGGAAAACGAGCACGAUCCUCAGUACAGUCUGCAGCGUACGGAUGAUGUGGUAACCUUUUGGAGCUAUCGCGCUCGUCGAAAUGCUAACCAUCGUCGAAAUAACGAUUUCACAAAGUCCCACGACGAGAAGCUGGACAUUCAGUUUGAAUAAAUGGGUGGUUCGAUGAAU